AUGUUGCAGAUCGAUAAAAGCAACCUCUUGAUAAAGAAAACGUUGACGGAAAGGUUAUUUCCUGAGCCGGAUGCCCAAUUGAAGUCUUUGGACAGAAUCAUCAGUGACUUUGACUUUACCAACUACCAUGUUUCCACGUUGGACGACAGACAGCUAAUCUUGAUUUCUGUGUAUUUGCAAUGUUGGAACGACUUGACAAAAUACGGUGUUUCCGAGUACUUGAAGCUGAAGUACCAGAAGUACUCUGAGUUUUUGAGCACUGUGGAUGAUGUGGAGUCCGGCUACAACUUCAGUUUUGUCUUGGACACUGGAGCCUUGGCUUCCAAGUCAGACGACGUCAAGCAGGAAUUGAUUGAGGAGUUGGCUUUAUUGAAGAGACAUGCCAUUGCUUCUGCAUUUGAGAAGGCCUUCAGCCGUUACGACCAGCUUGCAGAGCAAUUCAAGGACCAAGAUACCUAUGCCGAGGAAAUCAGGGCUGAGUUGAAGAGCGAAGAAGUCCUUGUGAUCAAGUACAGAGGUGAGGAUGAAUGUAUUUACAUUAAGCCUUCCUUCGACCGUGUGACUGUCAUCUUCUCAACUAUUUUCAAGGAUGAGACCGAUAAAAUCUUUGGUAAGGUGUUCUUGCAAGAAUUCGUUGAUGCCCGUAAGAGAUCUGUUCAGACCGCUCCACAAGUGAUGUUUACUCAAAAAGAGCCUCCUUUGGAUAUUCAGAACGCUGUUACCAGACGUCACGAUGACGACAACAAGGGCUAUGUUACGUUUGUCUUGUUCCCAAGACACUUGACAAAGGGAGAACGCAGAGAUAACUGUAUAUCAUACAUCCAGUUCUUCCGUAAUUACUUCCACUACCAUAUCAAAUGUGCCAAGGCAUACAUGCACACGAGAAUGAGACAUAGAGUCAGAGGGUUCUUGAAGGUGUUGAACAGAGCCAAGCCAGAGAAUGUCGACGAUGAUGGAAAGGCUAUCGACAACAGAAAGACAGCUAGCGGUCGUAAAUUCGAAGCCGGGAGGGUUUAG